AUGGAUCCCUAUCCAGGAUUGAGAAAUGCUAAAGUUGAUUUCAAUAUGCCAUUUUUAAGAUGUAUUGACUGUGAUCUGAUAUUGUUUGCUGUUAUGCGACUACUAAUCAAGUAUGCUUACACUACUAAGUGUGAUUAUGGGAAGUUUACUAUUAGUUAUGUCAUGAGGAUAUCAUUUGGAGAAGUUUCCUUUACGAUUAGUAAUGCUCUCACUUUUAGAGAGGAUGGGAAAGAUUUGCCAGUCUAUGCUUUGAUUGAUCAACUUGUCGGGAAGAAAGCAGAGGAUUACAAUGAUAAAGAGAUAUCUCGCAUGAAUAUUCGAAUCUAUCUUUCUGAAAUGAAGGGUAGUACCACGCCAUUUAUCUUCAAUGACAAGAUUGCUAGCAAGCUCUGGGAAUGCAUCGAAAACAAGGUGGUCGUUGAACCUAAAAAAGCGAGAACGAUAGGAUAUCUGGUUAGACCAGGUGAUGAUCUGUCCUCAGCAGAGAAGGGCAUUGAGACAUAUUUCAGUGAGGAUUACCCGGAUUUUGUCUUCAAAACCUUUGAAGAAAGGAGCAAUAAGAUGUUGUUCGACUUUAUAGAACGUCUAGCUGUUGUUGUUAGACACAAUCCAUCGAUUCUAACGGUCUACUUACACAACCUCUCCCGAUUUGAUGGCAUUCUCUUAUUGAAAUAUUAUGCUUCUCGUGGAGAUAAGUACGCCAUCAAACCUCUUAUGAGGAACCAUAGGCUAUACCAGAUAGCUGUCUAUCUUGGUGGUGUGAUGCUGAAGGCUUUAGAGAUUUAUUGGACUAUAUGCAAUGUAGAUAUCGUGACUAAAUUGACCUUGUCUUCGCUAGCUCUCACUAUCUUUCGUACGAACUAUUACGUUCAAAACAACUGGUCUAUUUAUAUCCCAAAUCGGAACGAAGACACUUUCAUUCGUCGUGGUUACUAUGGUGGCCAUUCUGAUGCUUAUAUACCUUGCGGUGAUAAUCUAUACUAUUACGACGUGAACUCCUUAUAUCCCUAUAUUAUGAAGUCCUAUACAAUGCCUAGGGGUGAGACUGUCUGGCAUGGUAAGUUAGAAGGUCAGGAUUUAGACAACUUGUUUGGCUUUAUUGAGGCCUACGUUGUAUGUCCUCGUACUAUCUCUCCACCAUUCCUACCCUAUCGGGAUGAAAAGAAUCAAACUCUACUCUUCCCAAUCGGAAAGUUCGUGGACGUGUAUUAUAGCGAAGAGUUAAAGUAUGCACGCGACAUAGGCUACCAGAGCAUUCCUCUUUCAAGCUACUUGUUUGAAAAGAAGAAUAGCAUCCCUUUCAAAAGCUUUGUUUUCAACAUAUUCGAUAGAAGACAAGAAGCUAAGAGAGCAGGUAAUGACACAAUGUCCUAUGUUUAUAAGAUACUCAUGAACUCGCUAUACGGUAGAUUUGGUAUUAACCCUAAAAGCACUGUAACUGAGAUCUACGAUUAUGAUCGAUAUAACUAUUUGAUAAAGAAAAGUGAUUUAAUCUUAGGGGACAAGCUGAGCGAGCAUUACUAUAAUACGUUGAUAUAUCUAGAACAAAGCUAA